AAUUGGCAACUCAUUAUCUGUGCCUGACAGUCAAGCGCGUUUUGGAUCUUUGAACGCUAAAAAUUGUGAUGUAAAAACGAGAAAAAUAAAUGUUUACUGGCCAUCAUGGCGAAUCCAAGAAAAUUUAGUGAAAAAAUUGCCUUACAUCAUCAAAAGCAGGCAGAGGAAACAGCUGCUUUUGAGAAAAUUAUGCGCGAAGUUUCCGACGCAACCCAAAAGCCGGAGGAGUUACCAUUAACGAAUCAGUAUGGCAUGGGUGGCGGUCGCAGCGGCGGCACUUCGCCGUCGCGGUCGCCGGGCCAGCGCGGCCGCACGUCGUCCUCCGUGGGCCCUAUGCGGAGACCGGCCGACAGGAAACACGACACCAGUCCAUACGGCAGCACCGUAUAUCUGAGUCCACCGCCCGACAGUAACUGGCGCCGUACGAACUCAGAUUCGGCGCUCCACCAGUCAUGCGGCGAGCAGCAGGCGGCCGCGCAGCCGCUGUCGCCGCACCGGACGAUGCACUCGCACGCCCACCCGCACCUACACCCGCACCAGAACCACCGGAGAGGUGAGGGACAACUGUUCUUUGAUGACAUUCAUCUCGACGUCUUAGCACCUAUGAACCCAGCGAAUCGUCCAAGAUCGUCAUGUGAAAUACCCAGAAUACCUAACAAUAAUAACACGUAUGGGUAUGUCGGCAGUGUGUACGGCGGCGGCGAGGGCGGCGGCGGCGGCGGGCUGGGCGGCGCGCUGGGCGAGCUGGCCAUGCCGGGCGGGUCGCUGCCCGACCUCACGUCCGUGCACUUCCCGCCGCCGCACUACGCGCCGCACGCCGGCCACGCCGCCCACGCCAGCCACGCGCACCACGCGCCGCAACACCGCGCCUCGCCCGACUACCAGCCCAGAUACUCGCCGACGUCGCCGGGCGGCAGCGUGUCGCCGGCGACGGGCGGGCGCUCGCCGGCGUCGGGCUCGCCCGUGGGCGCCACGGUGCCGCACGCCGCCAUCGCCGCGCUCUACGACGCGCAGAAUCACUUAUCUGUACCAAACACAAAUAAUUAUCUUCAUCAUAAUAAGAACAUGUCGCCGCUGGACCACGGGUGGAUACCUUCGGGCUACCAGACGCACUGUAGUCCGCCCUCGCCGUACUCGUCGACGUCUAACAUUAAUAUACCCUCACCCACGAUGGUACACAGUCCAGGGAGUCCUGUGGAAUCACCCCAAACAGACUACAACAACCUACACCAAGCGUUGUUACAACCCUUCGAGCAAAUCACAAUGCUGGACCAGCCAGUUUCGAACUACAACCCCACGUACCUAAACCACGGGUCACCGCAUUCGCCGCAAACGACGAAUUCACCACUUUCAUACCAACAGAGCACGUGCGGGUCCCGCCGCAGCCGCGACCCGGUGGCGGGCGGCGGCGGGUUCGCGGCGCUGCAGCCGCUGGCCUCGCCCGCCGCGCCGCCCACGCCCGCCACGCCCGCCUCCAUACCCGACAUCGUGCUCACCGACUACUCGGGCUCGCUGGACGCGGGCAUGUUCGGCGGCGAGGAGGCGUCGCUGCGCGCGGGGCUGGACCUGGACGAGCUGUCGCUGCUGGAGGACCCCACGGCGCUGGUGCCCGACUCGGCCGUGGAGCACGAGUUCCGUCUCGACCGCUUGUAGCCGCCGCCCGCGCUCCGCCCUCCGCAGGACAUCGAUCCCGAUCUAAUCGACUUUUUCAUUACUGUUCUUGUCAAACUCUUGACGGUGAUUCUUUGUACAUACAAACUAAAAGUGUUCACUUCGACGAAAUUGCAUUUAAAUCGCUAAUGUUGCAUGCUAGUAUAACUACGAGUCCUCGGUUGCGUCGUCUAACGAGUUGUUGACUUGUUAUAAUGUUUAUACUUAAAGCACCAUGUAAUUCUCUAAGACAACUAUUGUCGUUCAGCGGUUGCUCAAGCAUUGACUGAGUUUUACACUUAAUCACCGAAUGACCGAAUGGUUGUCGUUUCUCGUUCCACUUACAGUGUAUACAUCGGUAUAGCACCUGCUUUCCUACGUUAUGUAGCAUGUUUACAUUGUUUCCCAAUUCCUUUCUGAAUAGUAGUUUAGUGAAACACUAGGCCAUUGUAAAUAAGAGAGAUGCUCUGAUUGAGGAUUUUAAUAAGCUUUUGUCGCAAACAUAUCUAUGUAUGUACGUAUGUGUGGUUGCGAGGCUCGAAUUGUGUACAUCGAUAAUGUAAAUUUGUUAUUUUUUUAUGUUUAAAUACUUUAUUAUUAAGGUGAAGCCGGCUUUGUCGAUACUCCAACUGACGACAACAAUUUUGUCUUUACAACGGUUCCUUCAUUUUACGUGCUUGCACCUCUUUCUAACCGCCUUAUUUAGAAAGAUCGCACAGGCACGAGGGUACGGAAAUUGCAUUUGUCUUCAGUUCAGUAUCGUGACCGCUGUCCAGUCUUUAGGUGAAAACUUUGAUUUCAUAGCAUAUUACGCUGGCGGGUGUCAACAAAAUUGGAAGUUAGUGUUGUGUGUAAAUAUGAGUAGAGUAAGCCCGCCAGCGACUUCCUGUGACUGACCCACACACUAUAUUCGUUCGCGAUACCUAGAAUGUUUCCGACAGAUACUCGAAGCUAGAUCAUACCUUGUUCGUUUAUAGAGAAGUAACUAUCUGAAGUUAAACUUUACAUAGUUAUUAAGUUUUGAUACCUUUAGUUGUUAAAUACACCUUGCACUCGUAACAUUAACUGUGUGUAUGUUUUCUCUCUCGUAAUAUUAUGUGAAUUUAUAAUUCUAUAGUUUUUGUAAUGAAUGUAUGACAUAGAAAUUAUUUUUAAUACGAUCGUGCAGUUAAUAUUACGAGUGCACCGACAUACAAGUAGACAUUUGUGUUUUUCUGUUUUGUAAAUGCUCAUUAUAUUAUGUUUUAAGAGUCUAGUCAUCAAAUUAUGUUCAGGAAGUUUUUACAGUUUUCAUAAAAUUCAACUGAUUAUAAAUGUACAGAUUUCAUUCCAUUACAAUUAUGAGGCAAUUUGGAUACAAUGAGUUGUAAUAUAUUAUAUUUGUUAUUAGAACUGGAGCUAUUUGAUAUCUGCUCGUUUACAAAAGUCAUAUCUAUUGCGACAUAUGUAUUGUAUAUCUUUGUGUUGUGUACAGUGUACGCAAGUUUACGACUGUUCGUGUUGUUAUGGUUUUAAAGUUUUAUUUAAAAUUCCGCCAUAGAGGUAUGUACUGUAUGACAGAUGAUAUACUUGUUCUGUAUAAAUAGUUUAUGUACGAUGAUUGUGAUAAAGUAAAAAAAGCACAACAUAAUUCAAUGUGAAGCCUAAUCUGACGUUAUAGUAAGUUUCUUUUUCUUAUUAAAGUUUAAAUAGUGUUUUCUAAAUUUAGAUACAUUAUGUACAUGUUAUAUAAGCUAGUGUCUGCCAAAUGCAGAAGUUUACGAAUAUCGGUCGGGUUGAUUUUGAGUGUUGAGUCAGGUGCAAUAUGGUGUACGUGGCUCCGGCGGCGGGGCCGCUUGUAUCGGUUGUUACGUUCAUCUAUGGUUUAAUUAAUUCAAUUGUAAAGUACAAAGUCUAAAUUGUGAAUGUUUCUGUUGCGUGCGCGAGAGGAUGUGUGCGGCCAGCGGCGGCGCCCACGUCACUGUGGCCGCAUCGCAUUUCAAAAGUACUCAUAGUUAUAAAACCUGUUGGAUUUUUUUACCUUUUGCAUUUUGGAGUUAAGUUAUAAAUAGUUAUAAGAUAAUUGUAUGUGCAGUUAUGAGAAAGCUUUCAAUGCCCUUGAAAGCGACGAGACACCAAUUUGCGUGAUCGAGUAUUUCUACAAUUCUUAAAUCUAUUGAUCAUACGACAUUUAAUUAUAGGACAUGUUUUUCUCAAAUAUGCACAAACUUAAUGAAGAUGUUGCGGUAAAAUGUUUCAAAGGUUUGUUUUAUUUAAACCAAAUGUACAUAAGUGUGAUAGAGAUGAAACGGUCUCAUUUAAAAUAAAGUUGUUGUAAGUA